GUAACGCCUUUUUGAGCGCCAAGGCGGCCGUCCAACGUUAUCAUCAACAACUCAUCCUGUCAUCUAGUGAUUUUAAUUAACACCCUUUUAUCAUCAUCCUUCCAUGUCCCUAUCAUUUCUCUCUCUCUCUCUCUCUCUCUCUCUCUCGAUCUCUCUCUGCUUCUGUUUGUGAUCCUGCUUUAAUCUGAUCGAAGAUGAACGAUUUGCUCACGGACUCCUUUGUCAGUGACGCGAAAAUUCAACGUCCACCUGAGGGAGAUGUCGAAAUGGGCGAGCGGUUGCCAAGGAGCAACUCUGACAUGGGACUUGAAGCUUUUAAUAAGCAGAUACAAGAGGUUGAAAAACAAGUGCAUAAGCUCUCUAGCAUCCUCAAGAAGCUGAAGGAUUCUAACGAGGAGUCAAAAACUGUUACAAAGGCCUCUGCUAUGAAAGUAAUCAAAAAGCAGAUGGAGAGAGAUGUGGACGGCGGGAAAAUUGCGCGAAAUUUGAAAGCAAGACUUGAAGCAAUAAACAAAGAGAAUGUAGCUAAUCGGAAGAAACCUGGAUGCGAGAAGGGAACAGGAGUUGAUAGAUCAAGGAUGAACAUGACAAACGCAUUAACAAAAAAAUUCAGGGAACUAAUGACAGAGUUUCAGACACUCAGACAAAAGAUUCAGGAUGAGUAUCGCGCGAUUGUUGAGAGAAGGGUAAUUACGGUCACGGGAACCAGACCAGAUGAAGAGACAAUCGACCGUCUAAUAGAUACGGGAGAUGGCGAGCAAAUCUUCCAGAAAGCAAUUGAAGAAAUGGGACGAGGACAGGUCCUGAAUACACUAGAAGAAAUUCAGGAGAGACAUGAUGCUGUAAUCGAAAUUGAGAAAAAGCUACUUGACUUGCAUCAGAUUUACUUGGACAUGGCAGUCCUAGUAGAAGCCCAAGGGGAGAUCCUAGACAACAUUGAGAGUCAGGUGACUAAUGCAAUGGACCAUGUGAACAUGGGCACAGAUGCUCUCAACACUGCCAAGAACUUGCAAAAGAAGUCAAGAAAGUGCAUGACUAUUGGCAUCAUCUUGCUCCUAGUCAUUGCAAUCAUCCUCAUACUCUCAAUCCUUAAGCCAUGGAAGAAGUGAUCACAUCAGAAUAAUUCAAGCUUGCAAUCCACUGUAAAGGCAUAAAGUGAGCGAUGAAGAUGACCAGUCUUUACAAAGUGCGGCGCGGCGACCUUUUUUUCCCCCACUCUGUUCUUUCUUUUUCUCAGGACUCUGUUUUGAAAGUGUUGAUGAACAUUGUGGAGCUGUGCAUUAUGUUGUCGUUCUGCUUUGUUAUUAUUUCUCCA